AUGCAAUACAAAUUUCUAAAUAUCGACGAGUGCGCGAGCAACCCUUGUUGGCAGGGAGGGACCUGCCUGGAUCACGUGGACGGCUACAGCUGUGUCUGUCCUAAAGGUGCCACCGGCAAGAACUGUGAAACUGCAUUCUUUGCCGGUGAAUGCUACGAGUUCUCGUCCGAGGCCCUAACCCAUCAGGAGGCAACACAGGCCUGCAGCGUUAAGAACGGCCAUUUGGUGGAUCUGAAAGACGAGCAGGAGCAAAGGUUUCUUGCUGACAAGCUAAUGGCGUCCAAUGGAGCUUCCAGCUGGCUGGCCGUAAGAUCGGCACCAACAGCCUUUUUGUACAGCAAUGGCUCUCCAAUUUCAGGUCCAAUCCAGUGGUCUUCCAGUGAGCCAGCCGCUCCCUGUGACCUGUGUGCUCUCCUGGACAGCAGCGACAACUUCCUGGCCAGGACAGCAGCGUGCACGGAACAGCACAACUAUGUCUGCCAGUCUAAUAUGAAGCCUUGUGGAGAAAACGUCUGUCAGAACGGUGGUAUCUGCUUCUCCUGCUUCGACGACUCCGCUGCCUUCUGCGACUGCUCUGCCGGGUUUGACGGGAAAACCUGUGAGAUAAACAUGGACUGGUGCUCCCAGGUCCAGUGUCCCCAGUACUGGGUCUGUCAGGACUACACUUUCUACUUCCAAUGCGUUCAUCUUGCCCCCAUCACAAGCAGGACGAUCCCUUACCAGUGCAGCAGCGCCUCCUGUCUGGAUGGCAUGUACUGCACCGAGGAGAGCGCCGCGUCCUUCUCCUGCAAGGUUGGCUGACGUCACAGCCCAAGCCUCGUGCGCGCAAAAGGCAAUCAACUGCUGGAUCUAAUUUGAUUAGAGAUGUAAAAAAAUUAAAGCGGUUCAAAGAUGAUACUCGACGUUUCCACUCUUCCGUGGCCUUUGCACCGAUUGUCCUGCUUCAACGUGCACUAAGUACUGGGAAUGAUUUACUGUCAGAAAUAUUUGAUUUUAUGAUUGCGUUUGAACGGCAAGGUGUGUUGAUAAAAUACUGGGCUGAACCCUGUACAACAACCAUUGAGCCAAGGCAAUAUGGACGAAGACAGAAAUCUUUAUAGACACGACAAAAGUACAGCGACUUUCGUAAGGUCUACAUGUAUAACAGCUACUUACAGUACAACUUAACAGACAUAUAUGGAUAUCUAUAGGUAUGAAUAAGAAAUAUGAGGGCUGUAUACAGUAAAUUUUUCUCGAGCCCCAAAAGAACCAUCUAUUAAUUGCUACCAUCAUAAUACCUUUUGCUGUCAGAGCUACCAUUCGCUGGGUUACUGUGUCGAUCGUGACCACGUAUUCGUCACGGUUGUUACCCUGGCAUUUUUCGGUUGCCCCGUAGUAUACGUAGCGACGCAAAUGUACGCGACGCCAAGGUUGAUUAAGUUCUCGUUAUUUGUAGUAGGAAGAUAAAGGCGAAAACAAUAAAACGUAUAAAUAUCAGGACUGCGAACAGUAAAUCUGGCACAAGCCUCAAAAGCGCCAUCUAUUAAUUGCUACAAUCAUGACAUAUUUUGCUGGCUUAAUGACUACGUCACGGUUGUUACCAUGGAGCAGCUUUUCGAUCGCCCCAGUAGUGACGUAACUGUACCCGACGCCGAGGUUAAGUAAGGUCCCAUCAUUUGUAUACAUGUAGGGCGAUAGUGGCAAAGACAAUCAAAUCGUAGCAAGUACCAUAAAUGUGUGCGCCAGCCUCCUACCACCGGCCGCGGCCAGUUGUUUUCACUAUACUGAUGUAUACAAUGUGGGGCUGUCGUUGAUGACUGUUCUCAUACUGUUUUGGGGGGAGUGCG